AUGGCUGCUGCUCAAGAGCACAACCUAGAAAGCUCUCUAGUAGAGCGUCUGCUGGCUGAAAUGGAUGACACAGCUCGAAUGCUUGAUGAAGGCAUUCCUCUCGAAAAGCCCAAGGUCGAUUACAUUACGGAUAUAGAUACCAGGCGCGAAAUCUUCCUUCAAAUCAAGAAGAUCCAGGAUGAUAACAACAUCUCGCUUGGCCUGAAUGCAGUGGGAUUGGCCAUUAUCCUGGUCGCGCCUAUUGACCAACUGCAGCGCAUAUUAAACGAUUUAAAUAUGACCACGUACCCUCUAUGCGCAAUCGUAGCCGCGAGCCUCUUCGGGACUAUGCAUGCAGACGGUGUUCUAGGAAUCAAGGCUUUCGUUAGAGAAGGGCGCCAAUGUCAUGGAAUGCCAUCUGCGUUUUGGGAGAGGCUCGCCUUUUCUUUAAGGUAUAUACCUGCUUCGGCGCGGCGCAGCGCGGCGUGUCCCAUUCGAGGAACCAGUGACGAUGUCUGCAGGGCCCGAAUCAUCCCAAAGCUUUGCCGCGGAACGGACAUGGAAUUCCACCAGUACAUUAGCAUGAUGCUUCGCGUAUUUUGGGACAAAGACAAGGCACAAACGUGGGAUAGAUUAUAUGCACGCGGCUGGUCCCCCUACUCGUUAGAAGGCCGGUUCCUUAUUAGUAGCUACCUGCGCCAGGAUAUGGCCGAAGCCAAGUUGGCGCUGAAGCCUUUGGCCAAGAUGGAGGACGGCUCGGUCAUUGUCCAGCUCUUCUGGCUUAAGGAAUCAAGGCUGAAGCCUCAGGACUUUUUGUUCAAGCCGCACGAGUCUGUGUCCUUUGAAGACGUCUUGAAGCGAGCAGGACUCGAAAAUAACCAGGAAUGGGGUCCAUCGUUGGUCUUCCGAAAAGACGGUCAAAUGCUCCUGAGUGGCCAGCUGUUUAUUUUGAAGGGAAACUUAGACGUUGGUAUUAAGGCCCCCGACUUCGAGCUUUUACAGAUUUUGUGGGAUCUUACUCAGGUUGCGGCCAUAUGUGGUGCGGUCAAUGAAACAGAUGACUUGUUGGAUGAAGGCGAAAAGAAGGAUUAUUUAGAUUAUUGUGUAUGUGGGGGUGAGGAUGGGGGUGAGGGUGAGGAUGAGGGUGAGAAUGAGGAUGAGAAUGAGGGUGAGGGUGAGUAUGAGGGCGGGAGUGAGGGCGAGAGCCAGGGCGAUGAAUAGAGAUACUAAGGAUAUCGUAGAUACUCGAGAUACUCGAGAUAUUAGACAAACAAGAGAGUGAAAAGAGUUAGAAUACCUGCAAACUCGUCUACUUACUUCUAACCCAAUUACUUCUAAC